CCCAGUGGCAGUCUUUCAGGCGUCGUCAAGGAGCCCCUUUCCGUCAGCGCGUCGUUUGUGCCGGCUGCAGAACCGGACAUGCUUGAGGAGCCACCAGUGGCCGGUCCCUCCUCCUCCUCCUCCUCUGCGGUUUUGGUGUCAGAACAGCCGCCCGAACUGCCCUGCUUUCAACAGGCUCUCUUCACCCAGGAGAAGUUUCUUUCCCCGGCACCGCCGCGGAAGCCCACGGAGCUUAUGGCAUUUCAUAUCUUCCAGUUGGCCAAAUCCAUCGGCCUCUACGCACUGGGUCUGUACAACUCGUUACAUCCCUCCUGGCAGAGUCGGACCUACUCGCGUCACGUGACCUGGGUCAGUCAGCAGGUCUUUGAGAUCGGUCUUCCCGCGGCCUUUGUGCUCUAUCACUCCUGGCGUAACCACCUGAAUGCCGCCGAGCUGGCUGCUGUGGCCUUCCAACUCUCUCGAGAGCGUGACCGCACGGUACGCUGCUACGUUGUGCAACGACACCGCCCUCGGUGUCCGUUUACCGGUUCUCUGCUGGUCCUAUAA